CAGUUAGCCUCUGACUUUUUGUCCCCCUAUUUAUCGCACCAAUGGAACAAGAACGCAGAAGAAGUACUAAAGUCAAGUUGGAUUCCAAUUCCUUAUAUUGCAAGACGCACUACCACCUGUUCGUGCAUGUAUUUUUGAGUACCUCAAGUUUGCGACUAGAACUACCUUUUCCACCUCCGCUCCUUGAAAACGAGAACACCAUGGCCCGGGUAAGUGGAGCUGCUCCUUUUGGCCUCGAUGUACUUGAAGCAGACCUGCAGCAUUGGCGGGGUGAAGAAGCCUAUAGCGCGGCGACGUUUGUGGACCUCAACAACGUGGAAUCGCCGCAGAACAACAAGAACCGUGGCUCAGCAGCCAGCCGUAGGUCCCCCUCACCGAGAAGGGGCGCAAAACUGACCCUGUCCCGCGAAAUUGCCCAAUACGAGGUGCUAUGCAUUGCAAAAGCGUCGUACUAGUAUAAAGUGCAUGUUGACAAAUUUGCUCAAGAACAAAAAAAUGCAAUUUGUAGUGCUGUUUUCCCUUAGAAAGUAGAUCUGUCAUGCAUGGCUGCAAUUAGUACGAGUGCGAUACUUUUGCACUGGAUAGGUGCCGCCGCACUUGCGGGUGCAGAGUAUGGAUGAGCAAUUUUUGCUCGAGAAAAAGUACCUCGAUCUGUACAAACAGAAGCUGGAAAAAGAGAUAAAACGGGAGGAAUCUUUGCAGAAAAAGGUAGUACACAUAUCAAUGCUUUUCAGCCGUUGCGGACGUUUUUCUUUUUGCAUUAUUGUUUUCCGUCAUAGCGAUAGGGAUAGAAGUACUUACAAGUAGUAGAGGACGUGUAGUGUACCAGUGAGGGUGGAACAGGCUGUGCACAAUGAAUUUGAAUACACAAUCGACCACACGCCCCAGCCGGCGAACGAGAAGCAAUCCUCCCUGAUGCAAGAGCUUCGCUCCUGGCGGGAGAAGCAGAAGGAGCAGAUCCAGAAGGAGACGGAGGAGAGAGACAAAAAAUUGUCCGACAUGCAGGAAAUCACACAGGCGACGGAGCAUAUCGCACGAAAAAACUGUUUCAUCACUGUGAACUUGUGAUGCAUAGAGUUGAAGACUGAAACUAGUUGUCUUGCUACAUCUGCAAGACAUCGGAUUUUUCAUCAGCGUGUUUUCCCCUUGGGAAGCGCGCAUAGCAGGUUUUCUGUGUCAUGUGUAACGAACUUGUGAUGCAGAUCUUGCAAAAUCAUCACAGAGAGACAGUUUUUUUGUGGGAUAGAGCAGGAAUGUCGCAAAUUUUUGAAAAAAUACGACUGGGACGUCAAAAUUGCGUGUGAACAAUAUUUAUGCAUUGCAAAAGUAUCGUACUAGUAUAAAUUGCAUCACAAAUCUUAGCAAGAAGAAAAGUGGAAUUUGUAAUGCUGUUUUACCUUUAGGAAGGAGAUUUGUCAUGCAUAUUUGCAAUUAGUACGACUACGAUACUUUUGCACAGGAUAAUAUUUCAAUGGCGAGGAUGUCAGCGGGUCGUGAACAAACUGGUGAACAUGAUCUUCUUCAAGGACAUACUACUUCGCGGUUUAGAAGUUUGCUUUUUUUAGAUGAAGCGAACAAGAAACAGAAUUGAAGUGAAAGAAUGAAGAUGCUCCUGACAGGAAAGUUUUGUUCUGUUCUUUGCCGCAAAAGAUGUUUGUCGCGUC